AUGUCGGCGGCGGUGGAGGAGCAGAUGGUGGUGAAGGCGAUCCGGGAGGAGUGCCCCUGGGAGUCGCUCCCCAAGCGCCUCCAGUCCACGCUCCAGACCAAGGACGAGUGGCACCGCAGCAUUGUUGAGUAUUGUAUCCGAAAACGGUUGCAAUGGAAUACCUGCUUCGCCCGUAGAGUAUGCAGAGAAGGGGAAUACUAUGAAGAAAUGAUGCGCUACCUUUGGAGGAACCUUGCAUUAUACCCAUACCACCUUGCAGACUAUAUAUGCCGAGUAAUGAGGAUCUCGCCUUUCAGAUAUUAUUGUGACAUCCUUUUUGAAGCUAUGAAGAAUGAACAACCAUAUGAUAGUAUUCCGAACUUCACUGCUGCUGAUGCACUAAGGCUUACUGGUGUUGGGAGAAACGAGUUUAUCGAUAUUAUGAACAAAUGCAGAUCAAAGAAACUAAUGUGGAAGCUGAACAAAUCGAUCGCAAAAGAAAUGCUGCCUACACAGCCUGUUGACUUCCCAGUUGAGCCUUGGUGGGGGGUCUUUCUUGUUAACUUUACACUGGAAGAGUUCAAGAAACUUUCAGAAGAAGAGACAGCAACAAUAGACAAAAUAUGUAAAGAGGAAGCCAAUUCAUAUGUUCUUUUUGAUCCGAAGGUUAUAGAUGGACUUUAUAAAAGAGGGCUAGUGUACUUCGAUGUGCCUGUUUACCCAGAUGACCGUUUCAAAGUUUCUAGGCUUGAAAAUUUUGUUUCCAAUAAGGAUCAAUCAUAUGAAGACCCAAUUGAAGAGCUGUUGUAUGCUGUAUUUGUUGUAUCAAGUGCUAAUGCUACUGUUGCUGAACUGGCUGCAACUUUACAAGCUGACCUCUAUCAACUCCAAGCAGCUGCAUCAUUUGCUUGCCGAUUGGGCUGGGCUACAAAAGUCAUGGAUGCAGACUCUGUUCUUAAUGACGAAGGUGCACCUGCGUUUCCUAGUAGUAUUCUUAGUGAUGAUGAAGAAGGUUCAAAUACAAGUAUCAACUCUGAGAAGUCUGGUCAACAAUUGAUUAGCACGGAUUCUGAUGGACCCAGGAAAAUUUCUGGAACUGCUCAUGUGGGCUUCGUUGUUGAUGCCAAUGUUACAUCAUACUUGAUGAUGGGCUCACUAUCGCCAGGGUUAAAAUCUCAUGCUGUCACACUGUAUGAGGCUGGAAAACUGGGUUCUUCUUGCAUUGCAGAGCUAUGUAGUGAUCUGGCUAGCUUAGAGGGAAAGAAAUUUGAGGGUGUGCUAGAGGAGUUUGCAAGUCAUGCAUUCAGUCUGCGAUGCUUCUUGGAGUGUUUACAGUCUGGUGGAGUUUCCGCAAAUGAAAUUACUGAUAAUGCUGGUGAAGCAAAGACUCCAAGAAGCUCUGUUCAUGAUAUUGACAAUGCUGCUGACCAUUUGGCCAAGGUAAACAUUGAGGGUGUUGCUGACAAUAACCAUAAUGAAGUUUCCGAUCAUAACCAGUGUGUAGGUGAUUUAGAUAAUAGUGAUGGGAAUAUACUAUCACCAGCUAUGGCUAUAUCGGAACGUGCAGAAAGCAUGGUUAAAAGUGAUGACGAGAACGAUUCAACCGUGCAGCUAGACGUUUCAACUGAAUCUCGAGUUUUGAAGAACAAAAGGAAGUACAAAGUUGAUAUUCUUCGAUGUGAGAGCUUAGCCUCACUUGCCCCGGCUACAUUGGAACGGCUAUUCCUUCGGGACUAUGACAUUAUUGUGUCAAUGGUUCCUCUUCCUUCUUCGUCAGUUCUUCCAGGCCCUUCAGGCCCAAUUCAUUUUGGACCACCCUCUUAUUCCUCCAUGACACCUUGGAUGAAGCUAGUACUGUAUACAGCAGGACAUUGUGGACCUGUAUCUGCUGUGUUCAUGAAAGGGCUACGUUUUAGAUUGCUGCCUGAACCAUUAGCUGGUUGUGAGAAGGCACUGAUAUGGUCUUGGGAUGGCUCUGCAGUGGGUGGCUUAGGGGGGAAGUUUGAAGGGAACUUAGUGAAGGGCAACUUAUUGUUACACUGCUUGAAUUCGAUGCUUAAACAAUCUGCUGUGCUGGUGCAACCACUUAGCAUACAUGAUCUUAACGCGUCAGGAAACCUUGUCACUGUGGAUAUCCCUUUACCCCUAAAAAAUGAUGGUCAGUCAAUUGAAUCUGUGGUAGCUCAAACUAACUUGCCAAAGGAACAGAUCUUAGAUUUGACUUCUGUAUUGAAAGACCUAUCUAGUAAAUUUGAGCUGAGCACACUUGGCUACCUCCGUCUACUGAGACUUCACAGGAUUGACGAACCAGAUAAAUUUGACCCAGAAAAUGUCAGCUACCAGUGGGUGCCUCUGAGCUUGGAGUUUGGGAUUCCCUUAUUCAGUCCAAAGUUGUGCGAGAAGAUUUGUGAAAGGGUGAUUGCAUCCCAUAUGCUUCAGAAAGAUGAUCUCAAUGUGCAUUAUGAUGUGAUGCAAAAUGUAAGAAGGCAGCUGAGAGAACUUUGCAGUGAAUAUCAAGCAACUGGUCCGAUAGCUAAGUUAUUUAACAAGCGUGGAAGCUCAAGGGACUCGCCACGUGCCUUAAUCAAUAGUAUUAGUGGCAGAUGGAAUCUCUCUAAUGACCCUUCAACACCAACUAGUGGAGGAGCCCCAAGUGAACACGAGAGGCUAAAAUUUGCUGGAAGGCAGCGAUGCCGAACAGAAGUUGUGAGCUUUGAUGGGAGCACUGUCAGGUCAUAUGCACUUGGUCCUGAGCACAAUGGGGCUACCUUCAGACCUAACUCUGAAGAACAAUCAUCCGUACAUGACGUAAAACCAGAUCCAGAGGAAACCGAGAGCAAGGAUGUCGUCUUACCAGGAAUAAAUCUUAUAUUUGUUGGAGCCGAAUUACACCCCUUUGAUAUUGCUGCAUGCCUUCAAGCACGUCAGCCUCUUUGGCUUAUAUCUGAGGCAUCAACUGCUUCAUCGGCAUUGCUAUGA